AUGUUCAGGCGGACUACAUCACCCGCCCUCAGGCUGCUCGGUAACCUACAGCGCAACCCAGCGGUUCGCGUGAUACCACGAACGAUGAGCACCCAGGAAGUCAACAAGAUGCCCCGGCCAGAACAAGAUCCUGCAUACGAAGACUUUCGGCCAUCAUGGGUGUAUACUGGCUCACGGUUGCUCACCUACGUAUUCGUUCCAUAUGUCGUUUUUUACUCUGUCUUCUUUUAUGACUUCGGAGACCGCGAACAUGUCUUCCAGCCGGUGAGGAGAUGGGCCUCUAGACAACGAGAAUCAUUCUUUUCCCUCUCCCCAGAAGAAGCCAGAAUAGUUCAGGCCGAAAAGGCGAAGGGUGUUAUCGAACCGCCCCCCAUCAGGACAGCAAUAGAUGCUUCGUCGUCGUUCAAUGAACGACGGGUUGAUGACUAG